AUGAGUUCGUCCGUAGUGAAACGCGAAUGGCUUGGCUUGGAGGGGCACAUACAAGCUCUGAACAGCAACUGUGGUACGUAUUUAAAUUUGAGUGCUCAACAGACCAGAGCGUCUCUUGGCUAAAUUCGAUAUUUUCAUUUCCUAUCAAUUAGCGGUAUCGAUAUCAUUCAGUUCUUUCGAUGAUGGUUUAUAGUACUCUCUCGUGUAAACUAAAUGUAAUCAGGUGUAUUCUUGGUAAUCCUUUAAAGCCUCUGAACACUUAAACUCUUACAAGUAAUAAACAUAAAAUUUAAAUAUAUUGUCAAGCUUUAAAUAUAUUGUCAAGCAAGCGGGUGAUAAGAAGAAUCACAAUUACUCACUACGAGAGAGAAUUUUUCCGAGUGGCACAGUAUUGCCACUCUCCAGUUUCCCUGAGAGUGUCCUAUAUAUUUACAUAUGAGACAAAGAAUGCUGAGAAUUGAAUAACUUGCUUCUUAACCCUUUAACUCCCAGAUCAAAUUUGUAAUUCUCCUUUUGUUACACACUUUAAAUUCAAUUUUGGACUUAAUAUUAUUCAGAACUGAAGAUGACAGAAGAACUGUUGAAACAUGUUUUUAAAUUUAAAAAGUGUUAUUCAUUUUCUUAUUUCUCCUUACUGUCAACCAUGCAAUUCUUAUGAUGUUAGUUUGCAGAAUUUAGUAUUGGAUCAACUAAUUAUCCCCAAAUUGAUAUUUUUCUUUAUUCUCAUCACUCUUAUCUGGUUGAUAUUGUAUUGAUAUUGUAAGGAGAAAUUCUGUCUUGGUCACUCAUGGGAGUUAAAGGGUUAACACAUCAACAUUCGGAAAAUUCAUCAGUAGGUUUGGAUCAAUGUCAUUAUCAGACAACUGCACACCUUCCCCUCUCAUAACCCUUUAACUCCCAGAAGUGAUUAACAUCUACCUUCUCCCUACAAUAUUCAUACAUUAUCCAGAAAACAGGUGAUGAGAAAGCUCAAACAUAUCAAAUAGAAGUUGUUGUCUUGAUCUAACACCAAAUUCUUGUAACUAAUUUAAAAGGAAAUAUGUAGUAGCUGGAGGGGAGAAUUAAUAAUCAGAUCUGGGAGUUAAAGUGUUAACCAAAUAAUAGUGAACUGAUAACAACUCAGGGUUAAAGUUGGGUUAGGUGGUGGGGGGAAGGGUAUGUUUGGUAGGUGUACAACUCCUGAGAUGCUUACAUUGAUCCAGAGGUUUCAUAGGAGACACUAGUUUCAAGUGUCCAUGAGAGAUGGGUGAUUUUUGUCCUUUUCAGUAAUUUUUGUCCUUUUCAGCUAUACAAAUGCUGAAAUCAAACCAUAUUUUUAAUUUCCAUACUCUUAAUUCAUGUGUACCUGAAGUAUCGAAAGGAUGAUAAUCUAUAAUGCAUGCAUUGUACUGAAAAAUGGACCCCUUGUAACAUGGAAACUUUUUGUGCUGCUCUGGGUUUCCUUUACCUUCAAUGGAAGUUUACUUAAAUUUGUGUUCUAAUCAAGUUUAGCUCCCUUCUCAGCCACACAGGAGACAAGCUACUGUAACAAUUCGUAAUAUGCAAAAUAGUGAAUUAAGCUCAAGUCUGGUGGUAGGGGUCACUGUGAUAUGUUCUUAAGCACAACUUUUUACGUCACAGUGUGGAUUUGGUUUUUAAAUUGAAAAAGGCUUUUUGAUUGUCAUAGCUGAUGCUGACAGUUAAAUUUGCACUUCUGUAAUUUGUUCCCCUCUGCAUUCCAUCAUAUUAGGGCUUUCCAAGCUAAAAGAACAAGAUAAAGGGGACAGACACUGGUAAGUCUUUCAACAAUCAUGUAAUCUCACUAAAAAUUCAGUUAAACUUGUUUUUUAAGCAUACCCCUAUAUUAAGUCCCUGUAAAUCUGGACUAUCAAUAAAAGGAUAUACAGACAAUCUUCCUAGCAGAAGUUUCAUUAGUGGAAUAAUUUGUUUUUUAUUUUAGAGAGCAGUUAAGUUACUUAAAAUCAGUAGUUAGACACCCCAGAGAACAGUAACUUUGCUUACUCUUAAUAGAAAUAAUUAUUUUAAGGUAAUAUUAAACCAGUUUUUUUCAAAUAUUUCAAUUUGGUUUGCUUCCAUUUAAAUAUAAUUAAUGCAGGUUUUUUUUGUCAACUUAGCCAAUUUUUCAUCCUUCAGUGAUAUAUUUUACUAUGAAUACUCUUACCACUCCUUGGUGGUUGAAAAUCUUUUAAUUUGCCUUUGUGGCUUACAGGUUCAUUAUGCAGGAUUCCAACCUCUUGUUUUAUGACCAAAAAGCUAGCCAGGCUCCACCAGAUACCAAACCAACAGGGUGGGUAUUUGAUCCUGAUCUAAAAGGAUUGUCAUUUGCUAUGUUGUUGUGUUUUUUUAAACACUUUUUAUGAUAAUAGCCCCACUAUACAUUCAAAGAAGUUGCACAAAAAUCUAGCUAGUGAUGUGAAUGGGUGGGAGGGAAGGUUGUUAACAAGGCUUGUGUGGCAACACUGUGUGAGAAUGUUAUACUGCUGGUGAAAAAAAUAGUUCUUAGAUUUCAAUUAUUGAUCAGUUAUGGCAGGGUGGGCUCUUGCUUUCUCAAACUGCACAGGAAUUGAGGACAGUGGGGUUAAGAUUUUAGAGGUCUGAUAUACAAAGAUAGUACAUUAUCUCAAGUCUGAACCUGGGGAGGCAGUGGGAGUUGACAAUAAUAGGAAGCUUGAGAUAUAAAGGGUCCAAGAUAUUGUAACUUCACUCUACCACAUAAGUAAAAUUUAAAACAUUUAUUUAAUCUUUGAUACUAUAUGUAUGUAAAGCCAAAGGUGGAAAUAUUAGAAAUAGGAGGUGGCAUAGUGGCUUAACUUUUAGUUAGCACUUUAAUUCAUGGAAAGACAGGUCUGGGUUACAGAUCUGGUAUGGUUCUUGUGUUGUGUUACUGGGCAAGAUUAAUCCUUAUGGUGACUCUCUCCAUGACAGGGUAUAAAUGGCUAGUCUUGUGAAGUGUCAGAAAAUCUGAAAAAAUUCUGGUGUGGGAGGGAUACCUGUAAAGAACUGGAAUUGCAUUAAGGAAAAACCUCCUAGCCACCUUAAAUGUUGUAGGAAACAGGAAUGAGAGGCAGCAGUUAUGGUCCUCUCAGCUCUAUGACUUUACUUUCCUAGUCACACAUCUUGUUGAGACAAAGGAGGUAAUUUAGGGUAGUUUUUUGCAAGGUGCUUGAAUUCACCUUUGGAUCCCUCUACUUUAUUAGCUAGUGUGUGGUACUUUCAUUGGUUCCUGUCUUUUUUUUUUUUGUAUUCUCUUUGGUACCUAAUGGCAUGAAUCCCAAUCCCAUUGCCAUACUUUAAGCCUGUAAAGGUGGCUUGAUCUUUUUAGUAGAGAAUCCCUGUAUAGCACAUUGUAGAAAAUUCCCCUCCCCCCCCGCCUUCAUAUGUUACAAGCACUGUUAGCACUGUUAUCACUUACUUAGAUGCAUAUAUUUGAUGGAAGUGUUUAAAACUUUUGGUUUUAAAAUGGGCAUGUGUUUAUGCAUUUUUCAAUGAGUACAAAUUUAAGAUAAACCUUCAAGCUAAAGGUAAAUUAAACUGCUUUAUCAAACUUGCGAUCUUCUUUUAUUGUUAUCAGAUCUAUAAAUGUUGGUUCAUCGGUGGUAGAUGUAAUCGUUGUUAUUUCAAGGUAAGAUUUAAUGUUCAAUACUUGUCAUAUAGACCCUAUUGGUUAACACUUCGGCCCCUAAGAGUGAUUAGCAUCUAAUUUCUCCUCACAAUAUCACCCCUGAAACACACAUUAAGCUCACGAGAAUAAAGAAAAUGAUCACUAUCUAAAAAGGGUCUUGGUUGUUAAACAAAUUCUCCUUGUCAGCACCUUAAGUAAUGUAUAGAGAACAGUAUUGAGAAUAUGCAUACUGAUGUUAGGGUGCAAAGGAAGAAGGUCUUAAUUAUUAAACAAAUUCUCCUUGUCAGCACCUUAGGAAAUGUAUGGAGAAUACACAUACUGAUGUUGGGGCGUGAAGGGUUAAUAGAAGGAAAUCAGUCAGAACUACUAACCAGACCAAAUGAAACUAACACAAAUACGUGUAAUACCAGCAAUCAUCGGGAUCAGAUACGCGCGGAAAAACGCUUUUUUAAAAUGUGCGUCUUGUUAUUAUCCUACAUCUAGCUGGGGAUGAGUCGACUACCCCUUUUUUUCUUUCAAUUUUGAAUCUUAAUUAACCAAAUAUAUGGUGAAAUUUUUUUCUAGGUAGCUCUUUGUUGCUAAUCUUGAAAAUCUGAUUUUCUGACCGCCAUGCGCGCGCACGAGUUAAACGGACGAGUUCGACGUCAGCGUUGUGAUGCACUACGUGAUAAUGAAGUUCCCAUGGUGAUAGAAAAAACUACUGAGACUCACGGCGAGGCGGGCCAUCCGCGCAAACUGCCUGGUUUACAACUCUGCAUUGCCUUGUCAGUGCAUUGUAGGCAGUGCAUACUAUCGCACUGCUGAACGUCAAAAUUUCGAUGUUGCGGAAACUUUUUUUUGUCGCAUUUUGUUCAACUCUCACUGCUAUUUUUAUUCCCUUUUACAAUCCUUUUUAGAUACCUUCCAGCGUUCUCAGAGUUUUCGUUAUUUUCAUUUUCAGCAAAGAGGGAAAAGACUAUCAGCUGUUCCCUCCACGGGAUGUGUGUGUAUUUGAUUGGGUUGCAAGUCUCAAGGUGAAUUCCUACAGAAAUACAAUCAAACAAAUCUUCUUACACUUUUACCGUACGAUUGUCCAGGCCAUGAUAGCUGGAGAAAGGCAUCCAGACACAGUCCGCAUGCUUCCUUUGUCACGAUUUUAACUUUGGAAGAUUAUUUCAUUCUGACAAACAGCCUUCCCAGUUUAUUUGUUUUGAUUUUAUUUCUAACCAGGCUUUUGUUUUUGUUUUGUGUUUUCUAGGAAGCAACAAGAUUGGCGAGUAAACAACAUUCGGAGGCAUCUUUUGAACGUGGGGCAGGAGGUGGGAGUAUCAUGGGCAGGGUGAGAGAAUUGACGCGUUUACUGAUGUUCGUGCGUGAAAAGAUGUCAUUCGUCUCAUCACGAGUGUGUGACUGAAUUCCUGUUUCUUUGACUGGCUGGCUGACUGACUGACUUACUGACUGACUGACCGAUGGGUGUCCUAGAUGCCCUACUUGGCAUGUUGUCUAUCUGCAGAGGUUGAAUUGAAACUAAGGAUUUUCCGUUCAAACUGUUUAAGAAGUUGUUAAUCUUAGUUUUGGUCACAGAUCGAUAACAUGGUGAGUUUUUUUUCUCUUUUCCUUUAGUUGCGGAACAGUCUGCGCCGAAAGAAAAAAGUGACUCGAGCCUUGUCAGAUACUAGUAAAGGUUAGGAUGAUGUCUUUUAAUUAUAACGUUAUUUUAUUUUGUCGACUCCUAUGUCUACUGCUGGUGACUAAUUGUUUUUAUCCUUCUUAUACUCAUGGAUAGUUGGAUCCAAUGUAAACGGUUCUGCAUCAAGUGACACAACCGGGGACCAUGCUGAGUACCCCUCCUUGAAACUGGAGACAAAGUUGAAAACCCGCGUUCAGCGUUCCAAGUCCUUUCCACACGAAGAAUCACAGAUUGUCGAACUUAAACUAAUGCCAUCGUUUAAUGAACAGGAAAAGGAACCGGCAGUGAAGGUAUGCGUGAGUUUACAUUGUUUCACUUUGUUGUGCCGUUCCUUUUGACCGUAUGCCGCUAACUUGGAUCUAUUCCAGAGUGUUUCCCGUCAAAUGGAAUAAUUUUUAAUUAGAUGUCUGGAGUGAUCUAGGUUUGCACUUGCCUGCUUUACUUUGCUCUGUGAUUGGUUUACGAAAUUCGAGCCACCACCAAUCAGAAGCCGAACUGAAAUCAAUCGCGACCUAGUCACUAGUGUUUUCCCGCGCUUAAAGUGGUUCGCUCUCUCGCUUUGAACUUUUAUUGGCUUCCUCCAUGUGAUGUUUUCCUUCCUUCUGAUUGGCCAUGAUGAACCUCAAUCGAAAAUGAAUCUAAAGCCACCCUCCACUGGCUCAAUGUUUUCUUUGAUUUUUUUUCCUUUUCGCGGCAGGCAGAAGAAGCAGUUUCGUGUGACCCUGUAUGCGAAAAUAGUUGCGAAAAGAUAUCAGUACAAAUACCACCUAAAGAUGGUAAAAUUGCAGAGAACGAAGAAGAACGAAAACGACAACCAAUUGUAACUGAGUCCAUUGAAGUGCAAACUGAACCAAUUACAGUCGAAGAGCUACUUUCGUUUCAACAACAGAAAUUGUAAGUGUAUCAUAAAUUUACUUUUACAUAAUAUGUCAAUCAAAUCACGAUGGGAAAAUUUGUGCUGCGUCGCUGAUAGCAAUGGCCAUGUUCUUGCUGUAGCAUGAAAAAAUUGAAGCCAUGGCCGAGUAAAAGAUAGUACAUAACAAGAAAAACAAACCUUUGACUUUGUUUUACAGAAUGUUUUCUCCUUUUAGGGAAAUCAAUCAUUAAUGCUCAGAAGGCAUGGCGAUGUAUCAUUCAUUUGUUUCGCAGUGACAAUCGUUAUUUUUCUAGUACUCUGCUUGAGCUUCUAAUACGUUGUUUUAGUUGUCAGUACUCUGAUGGGAUUUUUAUGAGAAAGAAAACUGACUUCAGGAAGAAUUUAUUGGUUAUCAGCUUUAUGUGUUUCAUUUCCAUUUAGAAUAAAAGAACUUGAAAUAGAGGUUUGCAAGCUGAAAUGUGAAGUUAUAAGUUUGAUUCAAGGAAGUAUAAAGAUUCCUUUAAAAGGUCAGUUUUCCAUUAUUGUUAUACGGUCAUUACUUAUGCUGCUAGCAGUUGUUUUUCUCAUUGCCUGACUCACGUCACGAACCUCGUUAUUCAUGAUGUGAAAUGCAUGUCGGUCUCACGGCCUUUUACAGACAUCUUUAUAUUAAAUAACGAUUUCCCGCGAAAUCGAUUUAAGUUAACAGAUGUGCUGGAGAGAAACAGUGAAAUGAUUUAGGAAAAAGUGUUCCUGGACAGAGAAACUAUCAUUUGAGGAAGAAUUGUUUAGUCAUUUCGUAAUUGCUGUACUCUCGCGGUUAAGGUUAGCAAGGUUCUAAGUUGCCAAGGACACCAAAGUUGCGCGCUCCCUUGGUAAUUAUCUCUUCUAGUUGGAGCCCUGACACGGUUACCAUAGUUAGCUGUGUUAUCAAUUGCAAAAUAAUCAGUUACCUCUUUACAUAGUUGUUGUGCUGGGGAUUUGCUACUUCGGAUUUCAAUGUUUCUCCACAUGUACAAGUUCUACCAGGCGUUUACCACUCCCUGUAGCCCGGCUGAGUUAUGCACCCAAGUAAUUUACACUGUUCGUUUGAUUUCUUUUCUUUGUUAAAGAUGACGACUUGGCUGACUGGCAACUUAUAGAAGACAUCAGGGUAAGUCAGUAAGUCAGUUCUGUGUGCAUUAGAUUAAAAAAGAAAAAGGACGGUAACAACAACGAGGGCAAAAAAUAUGUGCAUGCUAGAGCUCUGACACCUGAAGCAAUUUCAUUUGAGUGUUAAAAGGAAGUCAAAGGGUGCAUUUGGUUUUCCUCACUAUGCUCCGUGAUUGGCCCAGAAAAUUCGCACCAAUUUCUCAACCAAUCAAAUACAAAAUUAAAACCUAAAAAACUCCGACUUGUUCACUCGCUUUCUCCCACGCCUUAGGUACUUUGCCUGUCUCAACGUUUAAGUUUUCAUUGGCUAAUGAUGUUGUUAACCGAUGUUCUAAUGGGUUGUUGUGGUAACGUUGGUUGUGGUUUUUCGACAAUCGGUUGAAAAUCGCCCUAGAAGUACGGUUGAGCAACUGUUGAGCAUUCACAGACGUAAGAAAAGCAGACGGUUUCUUUGCCAAACGAAGCAAAAAACCUAUCAUGAUUUUUUUGGGUCAAAGAAUAAUUGUUGCGCCUUCACGCCGGGAAUCCCAUAGUGUUGCAAAGAACGCCUGAUCGCUGGUUAAGCGGCCUGAUCUAACACGUACAUGCAUUGUGGUUGGCUGUACCACCGGGUAAUAUUAUUUUAUUUUGUGAUAUCGGGAGAUUUAAGCCUGAAAGUGCGCAAUGACUGGCUUUUACAAUGUCGUUACAAUCACGUGGCACAGUCAAUCGUGAUGAUAAAGGGGUUAAUACAUAUUGCUUUGCGCGUGUUUUUCUUUUUCAGUAUAAGGACCGUAUUUAUCAGUUGUUGAGAGAGGCUCGGCUUUACAACCCAAGUUUGCCAAAUUUUGACAGGUGAGUACUGCGUGGUAGCUUGAUCACAGAACAACUGAGGUACAUUACUUAAAAGUUAACUCUGAAGAUAACUUGCAAAAUGAUUUGACUUAGCUCAGGCGAUAACUUGAGAGUAGAGUCUGGGCCCUAAUCAGGGGUGAGGUCUCUGAGAAUAGGAAGGAUUGAGUUAUAUUGAAUUUCGUUGCGGGCUCUAGACACCAUUUAAUGCGGAACAUUUGUUUUUGGAAACAACAAGCUACAUUAUUUGAUUCAGCUUCUGGGUUCUCGUCAGGGUUAAGACUUCAAAUAAAUGGCAAGGGCUUCAUUACAGAGGUCUUGAGAGAUACUCAAUCUUAACCUUGGGUGUGCAUUGCUAGUCUCUGAGUAGCCUGAAGAACCAGCGUAAUUUUUUCAUUAUACAGGCGAACGGAGACAAGCGCUGGGUGAGCGCGGGUUACGCGCGAGGGGAGGAGCUCAUCCCCUCGCGCGUAACUCGCACUUCGUGCUCGCCUCGCGCUUGCCUCCCUUUGACUGAAAAACGCAGAAAAAGUGACGCCUGUUCUGCAGGCUAGGAUUUGAGAAUCAAGCGAAGCUUUGUAACCAUGGUUGCACCAUUGUUUAUUGAGAUUUAAUCUAACUAUGACUUUUAGACUGUGUACUAAACCACGAGUAAGAAAAACAAUUCGUUUUGGUUGGGAUUGUUUUAGGCCUAUAAACCCCGCUAAAACAUUGUAUUUACAGUUUGUCUGUAAAAUGAACGGUUACGUGACAAUUCUUCACUACUACCAUCAGAGUUUAAUUCAUGCAAUUUCGUCUUUUGCGAUGAGUCUAUAGACGCUAUAGUUCCGUCCCUUUUUUGUUUGGCCAGUUAAGUUUUUAGUUUCUUUGUAAACUUCGCCCGAUGUUCCUGGCGUUUUUUGGCUAGUAUUCUUCCGGAAGUUUUCUCACUUUUCGUCGGUGAUUUUUUUUUCGGUUCGCGUUCGAUUUUUUAUUUCCUCACAGAAGGUGAUGUACUAACAAAAGUUUGUGAGGUAAAAAUGUUUUUAAACUCUCUGUAACUUAUUCCACGUUUGAGAUCGUCAUUUCUUGCGGAGAUGUUUGUGGAACCUUUGCAGUGCUCCUUCUUACGUAGAAAAUGCUUUUCGUCACAAAGCUUCGAGCUGAGGGAAAAAUUUUACGUUUGGAAGACGCCUUUGUAUUCAUGAGUAAGAUUACAAUGCAGAUGGUGGUUUCAAGAAGGCGAUUAAAUGAUUGGAAGAUCCACCAAGGCCAGGGUUCGACAUACUGCACAUCUGAGUAUACUCCAAAAACGCCAGCAGCCCCGUAUAUUGUCAGUACGCUUAUCAAACCGCUCACAACUGCACACGCCGCAAUGAGAUACUGUAGACGCCGCAUGCUGUUGUCGACUGCACUUUUGCUGUUGAUAUUAGCUUUGAUGUUUACGUGAAUUUUCCAGCCAACACGGACAUAUCCCGCCGCUAGCAGAAACCCUAAUGAUAGGAAAUACAGUUGACACACCAGGAGGAGAACCUUAGCUUCUAGGAAGUAAACCACCACAAAAUCUGUCACUAUCACCAGGACCACGUGGAAAACUACCACGGGGAUGAUGAACUGUAUGCGUUGAAAUUUAGGCGGGGCAACGUUCAUUUUUGUUGUGUCAAUAAGUACCAGGAGUAGAAGGCUUAAAGCGGAAAUGAUGCAUGGAUGACCGAGAGAAAACAAGAGCUGAGAUACGAUGAGGUGAAAUCGUUUGGUCGAGCCGUACGGGUCCACAAAAAGCGCCAUCGCCCGAGUUGAACUGAAGAUGAAGAUAAUGACGAGCAAGCUGGACUUAAGGGCGGACAUUUUGCCCUUAUCGACGUGCAUUCUCAGUAGCUCGAGCGUUGGAAUCAACGCGAUGAUUGUGAAGAUCACGCCGAAGCCGUACGUGUGUAGUGGCCAGGCAGCUUGCCAUUUUCCGAAAGCUUGAUCCCAAUCUGGCUCUGGUUCUGGCCAGGACAUUUCAGGCUCUGCUGUAGGGUCUGUUGCUCCUGUGUAUCCUGUAUGCGAUCCCUCGGGUUCUCCCGUGGGUUCUGCUCCGGGUUCUGCUUCGGGCUGUCCUUCGGGUGUUCCCUCAGAACCUGGUUCUCGUUUGCUUCUUUUGAGAAAUUUGUAUUUUCUGUGGUCAUUUAAAAGAACUAGUUUAUCAUUUAGGUUCGCCUCACUUUGUGAUUCUCCAUUUUUUUUAUCCAUUUUCUUGCUGUCAUCUUCGUACUCGCAUUCAACAUUCACACUCGAGUUUAUGUCUCCACUAUCAAGUGUUUCUCUCUGUUUCGCUGUGUGAUGCGCUUGAAUAGUUUCGUGACUUGUACUACUUUCAUCAGCAGCUCUUACAGGAAAUAGUUCCGUUUCCAAAUCGUUCUUCGUCUGGCGAAGUUCUUUGUCGAUGUAGAUUCUCUUGCUGUUGAUUCGUGCAUUUGAUUGUACAUGCUUUGGAUGGGCAACACGUCCGCUCUCAACAGAAAUUUCCCACAGGCAAAAGAUGAGAAUCAAAAUUAUGGAACAGGUGCGCCUACAGCUUAUCAUCGCUGCCUUGAGUAGAUAUUCGCUGUAUUCCCGUCAAGCUCCCUGAAAAGAACCGCACCUGAAUUAGAAAUUCGAAGAUUUAUCCCUUGAAGAAGGAUUGUAACUCAAAUAGUGCUCUAAGAUUGUUUAAAUGGAAAUUUCGUUAGACAAAUAUAGACACAGUGGCCAACUCUCGAUGGAUAUAGUCACCAAGACAAUUGAGUUACGUUAUGACAGCAUUCAUGCUUGCUACAACAUUACCUUGAAGUGAACCUGUGUAAAUAUUAAGUUCUGCUGUAUAAAUGACAGCUAAAGAUCAAAUGACUGUGCCAGUGAGCUGCGUGUCAUGAUCAUCUGAAAGUUAUAUUUCUAUACUCAAAGAAAACUGGAAUUUAUUCCGGCUGCGCUGACCUCAUCCAGUAAUUUGAAUAACUUGAAUAACAAAGAACCCCUACUGCUUCAUUGCAAUUCAGCCUUGUUCUCUCAUCGCAAUAAUUAUAACUUGCUCAAGUAACCAGAAACAAAUAUGCAUAACGAUUAAAGCAGCACUAUGCUUUUGAGGUUGCACUGAUCUUUUAUGCCGAAAUUUGGAGACCAAGUCUGUCUCGUCAGCGCGUUCGUGAGAUUCUUGAGUUUGGACUAUACGCCCUUUAUGAUUAGAACAUACUCCAAGCUGUGUUUUUUAUCUGAUUGGAAAAAAAAAUGGGAAACUUUAAUUAUUUGUCUACUCCGGUGUUUGUGAAGAUUUAAAUAGUGAUAUUGUUUGUCGCCUCACAGUUGUUAACCUGGCAAGCAGCUCACUCACUAAUAAGGGGGGGUGUACACCACCUAUUCUAUCAAUCCAACGGGUUAUGAUGUUUUUCGGGGUCCUAAGUCUUCGCAAUAAAUGUGAAAGACAUGCCUGGAUGGGGUCAACAUUUCACACUCUAGUUAAUUUUCUAUUAUGAACAGGGUGGCUUAAUGAGGAUUUUUGUCUUAAACAGGCUCGAAGUUUUAUGGCCACAAUGGCACAGCUCUACUAAGACCUCCCUGAGAUGCCCUCCGGACAUGCUUAUCCACGGUCGAUCGAGUGAUUGACGUUUUGACAACCCGAGCGGACGUCAUUAUCUGAACCGCUUCUUAUGAUGACGUUCGUUGUGAUUGUUACAACGUUAGUCACUGUCCUCGACAACAGUCUAUUUUAGGUCUAAACUCAUAGGAACGUUUUCACUCCACGAUCUUCUAUUUUUCGUGAGUCUAAACCAGUAUUUCUUAUCAAGGAUUCAUAUAGUUCUUCAAUCAUUUGACCUUCUCUCCCUGGAAACCACUUGAAGCCUUUGUUAUUCUUAUCUUCGUCGAAUGAUAAUGGAUUUCAUCUUGUGCCUCAAAUCAACGAAUCGUGCAUAAUUAUUGAUCAUGAGCGAACUAUUAAUCAUCUUUGGAACUUGUGUAUAACUCAUUAUUUAACAAUUAUGAGCUGACAAAUGAGGUUGAGUGAACUAAUCGGAACACAAGAAAAGCAAUAUCCGAGGUGGAAAGUUUACUAGUUUAAUCCCUUCAGUAAUUUACUGAAUCGCUUUCUAUUCUAUGUAUGAGCUGAACGUAAUCUUUAAAUCUUAUUGGUCUUAAGAAGGCUUAACGUUAGAAACGUGAGCUUUAAAACCUAGUUACGGUGGUUAAUUUACACUGUCAAGUCAGGUGUUAAAACUAAAGUACCUGAAAAUCGGUUUUAUUCCUUCAAAGUGCAAAAUGGGUCUUACGAGGCUGUUUUUCUUAGUUGCAGUCAUCGCUCUUUUAUUCUCAGUGUAUGAUAUCGAGUGAAUUUAUGGACAGUUUGCUAUGUAUAAUUUUAAGUAUUGUAAAGUAUCCGUAGAUCUAAAGAAACCCGGUUCUAUGAGUGCUUGUCAGGCUAACAGUUUUGUUAAAAGAUAAGCAACAAACGCUACGAUAGAGGGACCUAAUGAGGAAAGUGAGUGCAAUUUAGAGAAUCUGUUGGAAAAGCGUCCAGAUUCUCUGACAUUUCAUAUCAUUGAUGUUUUCCGAAAAAACUCUUUUUAAUACCCCAAAGGGUUUUUGUCUACCAUUAAUGUUUUUCAAGAAUGGUAAAUUGAGUUUUAGCGAAGAAGUUGAAAGAAGAUAGUUCAAUUGAGUGUCCUCAAAACGUUUUUCAUAUUACCAAGUUGCUAAUUGGGAAAAUUUUUCCGUUUCCCGCGACAAAUCGUUUGAGGUGUUCCGUUUUAUUUCGAGCUCCUUAAAAUAAAGAGAACAACAGUGUGAGUUGGAGCCUCCUUGGCAUCAUAGCUUUUCUUUUGUCUUGUUUGCUAUUGAGCAGAAAUUGUCUUCUGUCUCGGGUAGAAUGGCAUUGUGCCUGCUAAUUGACAGGGAACCCGCCGUGAGAAAUCGUUUGGGAAAAUGUUUUGUACCAGAUUUUGGAUUGAUAAAUUAUAAAGGAGAACUGUGGAAGGAGAGAGAAUAGCUUCUCUAUCAAAUGGAAGAAAGAAAGAUAAUGCGGCCUUUGUUUUGCAAUCUUGGCCACCAUCAUCGAGUUUUUCCAAUCAUCUCUGCGCAAGCCUCCAAGGAAAAAAACAUACGUGUGUAACAUACGAUGUGGCCAUGCAACAUAACAACGGAUUGGCAUUUGUUUUUCACAAAGACUAAAUGUUUAUCGGAAAUAAAGAUAAAUACAAAAGCUUUAAUGGUUUACUUUCGGUUUAGUUCAAGGUAGAGAUCCAAUCUAGCACUCUUACUGACUUCGUAUUAGUGUCGAAUUUUUUUUUUUAGUUUUCAAGUGCAACUUUCUAGUAGGUAUUCCAGAGAAUUAUUUUCCUGUUAGAUAUGAGAUUAGGGAAACUUGACUUUGCUCCAUACCGUUGAAUAUUGAGUUCCUAUGGCUUUGAAUGAAAAAAUUAAGUGGAGUAUUUCUUCCAUUAAGUCCCAUCAAGGAGGAAUCAAGUACAGAAUAACAUUUUCAAGACUUACCUCUAUUGAAAUCACUUAAGUGGGAAUGGAUUUCUACUAACGGAGGUUUCUGUUGCUCUACAUUCGAGAGCUAAGCUACUGAAUGGCUGAAUUGCGACGUCAAGCAGAAGAGAUGAAUUAAAAAAGUAAUUCUCGUAGGAGGUUAUUCAGCUCUUCACUUUCAACUAUUUUUUUCCGUGCGUUGUUUUCAUGAUAACGAUAUAAAACAAAUAUGAACACCUGCACCGGAUUUGACAGAUGUGUAUGAGAAUUGUGCAAAUACUGGGGAUAUUUUGCAAAUACUGGGGAUAUUUUGCAUGAUAGCUUAAAUGUUUUUGAACUUAUAAAUAUUUUACGUUCAGUUUCUUUGUGAAUUUUUCAAGAAGGAAAGAAACAUUUCAUGACGCGUGCCGACUUGCGCGUUCAAUUUGAGCCUGGUCUCCUUAGAUGAUCUCUGAGAUAGCAAGCUACUGAAUGCGUUGUCGAAGGGACUUUUUUUCCCUUUGAAUAAUCCUUUACUUACAAAGUAAGGCAGGGUUAUUUAAACAAAGUUCACCUGUUGUUUACUAGAACUGCGUUCUAAACCAUAUUCAAUUCAGCCAAACUUUUUGAGUGAAAGUUAUUUUUUGUGAGCAUUUUUUAAAAGCUGCAUUCAGCUGACACUCAAAAGAAAACUUUUUCCUUAAAACAAACCGCUUGCAAAGGUCAGUUGAUCGCCUAAAAUCGCCACUUUGGUUAGGUUACGUUUGAAUAACCGGCCUGAAUGGUCUAGUUUUUCACAGCUUCAUCUCGAAUUUCUGCAACCUCUGAAAACCUGAAACGCGUGAUAUUUAUCCUUAAUUUUUACUCGGCCCCAUGCGAUUACCCGUGGUAGUUGAGCGAUCAAAUAGUAUGGAAAAUGUCAGGUAAGUCAACGUAGAACAAAUGCCUUGCGAACUACUUCAUCUCUUACCCACAUUUAAAAAUGAUUUCUUCUUAAAGGAACCACUUAGGAGCGUGAGAUUCAUGUUUAACUUUAAAACGAACGUGAAUCUCGCAUUUCAUAUGAUGAUCUCAAAAAAGGGAGAAAAAAAAAAUUAAAAGAGUAACCUGUUGAGACGAAUUGAAUCUUUCUCUCUUUUGUAAGCAUUUUACUUCUCCUUAUUGAGUUUUGUUGCCAUAAAUGCGAAAUGCGCCGACAGGUGCAGAAAAAGCCAGCAACAACGCUGAGAAGAGGGGGGAGAAGAGGAAAAGUGAGACUCGCCCAAUGAGAAAUUCAAAACUGUUGUCAUAAAAGUUUUCAUGCUAUGGCAGGCUAGAUGUUAUCGCGAAAAUGCAUAUUUUUUUCCUUUAGUGAAAUUAAACAUCUUCACAUCGUUAAUCGCAAUUUAAAUUCAAGGCGAGUGAUGCCAGCUGAUGCUAAUCACAUAUUGACUGCUAGGUUAUAUAGCCCACCUGUCACUUGCAUGCCAUUUAAGUCAUCUUUUGACAUGAAUGACGGAAAUUUAAGAGUGCCAUCUUAGUUUAAUUUCUUUCGUUUUUUUUUUUUGUCAAAAUCCAGCGCUUUGUGUCGUACAUAGCUUUAAUCUCUCUUUUUUAUCUCUCGACAAUAAAUCCGUUUUGCGUUUUUUCUGCUAUUAUAAACUUCUGGCCUCGUCUGCGCAUUGUCAAUCGACUGACUUUUGCUACCACCAAUAUCGGUGGGUAAUAACAUGCAAUUACUAAAUAUUCAAAUAUCGUUGGCAAAUUUUCUGGUGGUUGGACCAUUUCUCCGAGUUGUUUUGAUGUUAAAGAGGAGUAUUAACUGAACUUUUCAGAACUGAUGAUCAAGGAAAGCUUAUGAAUUUUUUUUAAACUUACAAUCGGACUAGAUGCAAGAGAAUCUUAAAAAAAUGAAAAUUUUUGAAGAAUCAGUUUUCAGUCCUCUCUGCCCAAGACAAUGCGAAAUUCGAUGCAAGAGAUGAAGAGAGGACUAACCUCCUUCACUCCCUUUGCACUUUUCCAUCUGGGGCUUAUGUUUUGAGGAAAGUAAGAGGUUGUUGCUAGGCAGACUCCACUAGAUAGACUCGACUGCCAACCGCUGUUCGGGAAAUGAGUCCGCGAUUCGCCCUCAAGGAUCGAACACUGGACUCGAGAAAACGGCGGAAAUUGAGCCAAGCCUUUAGGGGCAUUUCAACCCAGAAAGAUGUUAAACUUUUGUCGCAAGCGUAGGACAAUGAAAAAUUUGUGUCCACCUUGGUUAAGGAUUGGAAUGCUAACUAGUUUCAAUGAUUUUUUUUGCUCAAACGCUUUGCUAAUUGCGCCGCAACAGUGCGAAGUUCUUGGCAGUGACCAAGGCCGCAUGGUACAUUCACAUGUGACAAGCGUCCCGCUUGUUGCUAGUUUAUUUUUAUUAACGUUAGAGGAGAAUGUAGCUUAUUUUGUAAAAAUUACUGAUCUUGGGGGGCAAUUGUGUCAUGGAUUUCAUGUUUUAGGAGUUCUUUAUUGGAUGACCUUUUUUUCUUAUCUUUUGAAGCACAUCAGCUUCAAGUAGUUUUAGAGACAGUUAUGGUUUUAUCCGUGGAGCCAGAGAGAGCGAAAGUGAACUGUUUCACUUCCUUUGUCGCGAGCUGAAACAACAUUACUCGAGCUUUUAUCAGGUGAAAUAUACCAACCUUUGUGGCUGUUUUUGUUCAGUUUAGUGCCGACGUUAUCUCGUGGAAAGUUUGCAUUGUUCACAAAAGUAUAACGCCCUUUUACUGGUCUUAGACGUGUUCAAUAAUUGUUUCAUUUCCCUAGAACAGAGAUGGUCAUGCCCGUUUGUGGUCACAGUAUGUGAAAGCUAGGCAACAAGAAAGCAAAGACGUGGUUUUUAACGAGGUAAGUGAAGCUUACAAUAGGUCAGUUGUAGCAAGUUGUAGAAUGGUGAAGGUGGAGGAAGGUGACAUCAUUGUUAUCUAGAAUGCUUUAAGCAGCUUCGUCUAUUGUCACUGCGUUUAGCAUCACUGCGUCUUGUGAAGGAAAAUCCGAAAAUAUAGAGUACGUGGCGUUCAAAGAACACUUGUUAUGACGUCAUAGUGAUCGAGAAACGAUGAAAUUAAAACUUAUAAUAAAGAAAUAAAAAACGCGCCGAGUGCAUUGUUGAGUUAUAUAGGCACGCGGGAAUUUUUAAGAACACGAGAGAAGUGCGGAGAAGCACGAGUCGAAGGCACCUCUCGAGGAACAAGUUUUUUAUUUCUUUUGUAUCGUGAAUUGCGCGCGCUCGUACCGAUGAUGUAGGCUGCGUGCAUUAUAUCUCAACAGUGCACUCGUGUGACGGAAUGCGCGUACUUUAUGGAAAUAUAAUGAACUCGUUCUGACCAAUCACGGCGCGCGCAUUUCUCUGAACAUUUUAUAAUUUGAGAUAUAGAAUGAGUAUACAGCAAACUGCAGUCAGCGUCUUUAUCUUGGGAAACACGCAAUAUUAUAGUUUUUUUUUUGUUUUAACUUAUUGAGAGAUGGUUGAAGAUGUAAAAAAGGAUAAGCAGAGUCAUUAUUUAGUUUGGCACCAUUCUUGAACUCCUCCUUAUUUUUGUCCACAGCAAGGAAUGAAAGCAUUGUUAAGAGAAGGUAUCCCCAGAAGCUGCAGAAGCGAAGUGUGGAGAAGGUAAUGUAAAACUCACAGAGUCCUAAUUGUUUCGCACACAUUUUAAUCAUUGAAACCAAGUUCUGACUCUUCUCUUAUUACUUUGUUACCUUGAAUCUCCCUCGUAUGUGGGGUUGUUAAAGUAAUUUUACCAGUUUGACGUUCUUUCACUGUUUCUAAAGGAGUUGCAAGUGAUUCUCUUUAGGAGCCAUUCCGUAUCGCGCCCUGAGUGAACGAAGGACUCAAAAACCAAGAUAUAUGAACAGCUUAAUACAUCAGAAACAACGUCUCCACUGCCUCGACAAACCGGAAAAAAUCGAUCAGAUAUGAGAAAGAGUGUGCCAUGGAGAACGUUUUAAGCAACUGCAGUAAUUUAAGCCAGUAAUCUGAGCAUAACUGUUUGGGUUUUAAUUAAUGUUGUAUUUCUCUGUUUAGUGCAAUGGCGCAAAAGGUAGAACAUUUAAAGAAAGAGAAGGUAAUUGUCUUCCAGUUCUUUUCUGAUUACAAUCUUCGUUAACGGUCACAACAUGCUUAGAUGUUCUACAGGAGUUCUUGGGAGGGGAACGCACUUUUUGAAGUGUCUAGAAUGUAAUUAACAUUAAGUCUUAUCUUUCCUUUAUUUUUCAGGGGAGAGAUUAUUAUCAAAAGCUUCUUCUCCAAGUGGAGAGACGCAAGGUAUAUAUUUGAGAAAGUGACCAUUCCUUCUGAUUGUUCUACUCAUCCACUCACUCAGUCACCCAGCCUAGUUGCCCGCGUGGCCUCAAUAAGGUCUCACCACUCUGUUUUAGCUCCUCUUACUGCUUCCUUUCACUCUAAAUUACCGCUUCUAAAUGACUUUGCGCUGUCGCCUUAUUCAGCCUACUACCUUUCGCAUUGCAUUCGUCGAUUGAGAAAGAAAGGCCUGUAAGAAGAGGCCCAGUUGCAGUCGCGUCGACAAAUUUUAUCCGACGUUUUGCACAAUAGCUCAGACAAAAACCUGUUCAACUUCUAACUUGUCCUGUAACAAAAACGGUCUGAUAUCCUUACUGGAAAGCUGCUGUGAAACAGAAUAGUGUCAUUGUCAUUGCGGCUUAGCUGGCAAAGCUGUGAGAGACGCGCAAUCUGGCGGGCGAUACGAAGUUGUUACGCUCUUUGGUGACGAUGGUUUCUGCCGUUUCUGCCUUCGGGCAUAAAAGAUCCCACCCGCACGCUCGACACUGAAUUUCCACUUAAAUCUUAUCCUUGUGAAAUAAUUUCCAAGAAGUUCAUAUACGCAGUAAUAUAAACACAGUACCAUUACUUUUUUUAUUAUCACAUACGAACCUUGCGUAUGGCUCGGCGAAUGAAUUCUCCGUGGCUGACUGCGAAGUCGAAGCAAAUAGGCUUGAAUUCGAAUCUUUACAGGAACUCGGAAUAUUUCUUCGUCUCACUGUUUAUGCAUUUUGUUAAUAUUGCAAGCUGUGCCGAUGCUCUAUGGUUUUUCAGUGGGUUAGUUUUUUGAGUUGCGCGUGACUUUUUACACAGGUUUCAAGGACAGGUCAUAUGUUAUACAUCCUUCGAACUAAUACGAUGCUUAUUUUCAAAUUUUAGAAUCUCUCUGCCAAUCACCCGCUUGGUGUUACUGAGAAUCAGAUCAAGUGCGAUCUGCUACGAACCCUGCCGAACAACGAACGGUUCCGAUCAGCAGACUCUGAGGAGGUAAGAUUGUGACUUAUUUAACUGAGAUUAGGGCGAAAAUGUUCCUAUUGGAAAUUUCAGGGUUACGGUUUCUGGAGAUCCAGAUUUCUGAUUCGCAAAUGAACUUAUUUCCCAAUUUCAAAGAUAUUUUUUUUAUACACAAUUAAGAAAUGUCGUUCAAUUUUACAAAACCUGAAUUUACUCAGAUUGUUUACUUUCUGGGGCAAAAAUGAAUAUUCGUGCUUUGUAAUAGUGAAAUAUAGGUUCCGUGAAAGAAAGUUCACAGAAUUAGAAAGAUGGUAAGUUUUGAGCUCGUGAAAGAAAUAGAAGCAGAUUUUGCUAUCUUUUGUCCCUCGCCAGUGACAAGCAAAAAAAACAUCUAUCUCGAAGGCCCUUUUAAUUCUCCAGAGGAAGAGAAGAGGCUCUAUUGUGACUAGGUUUUUAGAAGACGCUAUAUUUAGAAUUAGUAAUGGUUCGCUCAUCAUUUGUUUAUCAUUAGCUCUCGCUGGCUAAGUGGUGAGGCAUUAAACCGCGAGGUCAAGGGUUUGAUCCCUCAAUGGGAAACGCAUUUUUUCUUUUCACCAUGCUCAUGGAAAAAAAACAUAUAACAUGUUUCUUUACUACGUUUGGUAGUGUCCAUUGAUCAAAACUGAAAAUUAUUCACCACAUCUGUACGUCUAUCACAGUUUCUUUAUGAUGAACGUUUGGGAAAUUAAAGUUGGCCUCGACGCCUCGAGGCCUCUCGCCCAAAUUUCUUCCAUCAAACGAACGAAGAUGAAAUUCUUUAUCUCCUUACGUAAUACUGUGAAUAACAACUUGGGAAUUUCCUUAGUCAAGUAGUAGACUUGCUAUUUAGUUCAUUGAAAGGUAGAAAGUUUGAGUCGAAACUCACCUUGAUGAGGAUACAAUCUUGACAAAUUCAAGACAAAGCAAAAUGCCGUGAAUGUUUCCAAACAUUCAGUGAAGCAGUAAUUACUUAGCUGGAAAGCUACAACUCUUUGACAGAUAAUUUGUUGUUUGUUGCUAAGUGACGUGACAACCUGCAAAUUGUCCUGAAAGUUCUGCGGUUUUUGAGGUUUUUGGAAGUUUUAAUGCUACAGCCAUGUUAAUCCCUCAUUAAAUUGUUUUUAUUUUAUUUGACUUACAACUGAAGUUUGUUAAUUUGCAGGUUAAAAAACUGUCAAGGAUUCUCCACGCGUUUUGUGUCCAUCGUCCAGAUAUAAACUAUCUUCAGGUAAGAUAUCAGUAUUUGUCUACUCUUAAUAAACACAUCCUUGAUCUCAAGUAUCAUUAACUAGUCUGCAAUCGACGAUUCCGUGCGAGAAUCCUGUGUCUGGUGUAAUAAAAUAUUUAUAUCAACGUUUGCAAGGCACCCUGAUUGCAGGUGGAAAACAUUGUUUAUUAUGAAUUUUUUUUAAGGGCUUAGGUCACGUAAUUUUUAAGACUUUUCAAGUGAGAAUUCACUUAAAUACCACAUUGACUCUGGGUAACUUCUCGCGGUAGUUAACGCGAAAAUUUUCCUUACAAUAUUGGUAAAUUACCCCCUGAGAGAAAGGAAAAAUUCAUCACGAAAUGCAUGGCAACUAGAAUAGAUAAUUAAUGAUCAGAUCUUAAGAGUUAGUGGGUUAAAAGUUCAGAGGAAUUUACUAAUGAGAAGGCGGCAGGGGCUAAAAAAAUGACCCCUGAUUUAUCUUGAUUUUUCGGAAGAUGUGAUAUUUAGUAUGCUUUACUACGUUGUUUUUUGUUUUUUUGACGUGGCUUUUUUUUUAAGAACGUUUUCCCGCAUGUUAAGUUAAAAAUUUAGAGCUUGUUAUUUACACGAAUAAGCAUAUGUGUUUCAAUUCUUAUCACUUAGCUUCUGCAAUUACUUCGAUCAUCAGAAGUUAUCUUUUGUUUGCCAUUUACUCUUUGUUCAAACUAAGGCUGCAACGCCGGAUCAUCUCAUUUUGUUUGUAGGCGUAUUUUUAAUCCACUAGAUGGUUUUCGACUUUAAUGGAGUUGAUCUCUACUAGGUCAAACUAAAUUCCUGUACCUCAGAAACUGAGAGGGUGAACAUAAUAGGAACCGUUAGGUUCGGCUGUUUCAUCUUAAAAAAAACAUUGGUUAUUUUUUUGAGAAAGCUCAACUUAUUUUCCUUUCUCAAGUAACAGCUUUUUUUCUGCCUAAAGGCUUUUUUUUCUAUUAGCUUAGAAUUUGCUGGUUAGGUAAAGGUUGUCAUUAGCACUGUUUACAUACAACUUUGUUUGUAGACGAACUGACUUAUAAUUAUGAAUGUUUCGAUUGAACGAGUCUUCUAGAAGAACUGAUUAAUUCACUGUUUACUUUUCUGCACGUAUUUCAUGAGCCAUCUGAAAUUAAAAAAUUUCUGAUUGGCAAAAGCAGACAUCAAUACGGUUUAACAUCGCUUCAGUUGGUCUGUUACGUAACGAAAGAGAAAGGCUCAUCUCUAGUAGGCAAGUGAGUCACUGCGGGAGAUAAGGCGCACGUGCUACCACUUCUCUUUUUUUUUAUAGUUUUGUCUUCAGAGAUACACCUGUUUCCAGCUUUAGGUAGAAUGGAAGAAUAUUGCAUUCAUAUUUUGUUUUUCUAAACGUAAUCGAAGUACAACUGUAACGAGGAUAUUUCACUUAACUCGGCAUUUUACUAUCUUUGAUUUUUCUACAUAAGUUAUCCAACCCUUUUUUUUUUUUAGGGGAUGAAUUUUAUUGUGGCCAUGUGUCUUCUUUUUAUGGACGAGGAAGACGCUUUUUGGUAAUUGAUAUUUUUGUAUUUUGUGUUUGGUUUCAAAAACUAAUGCCGUUUUAGUAGAUGUUGGUACAAAUCGAUCCUUACUGGGAAAAAAUUACGUUAAUUACUGAAAGUAAAACCUGAUAGAGGAAUUACCUUGUUGCUCCGUGUGCUUAAUCUUUGGGACAUGUGAUCAAUCGAAUAACAUGACCGAAGUCAGGCCAGGUUUCGCCGGAUGGCUUCACAAAACAGUAACAGAAGACGCAUUUGCGCAAUGUUUAACGCAUUGGACUCUAAAGUUUCGAGUUCUGGCUGGGUGAUCAUGUUGUGGUCCUGGGAACGACUCUACGUCAAGAGGAGUAUCAAUACUGCCAGUUGCUGACGUUUAGAAACUAGAAUUAGCUCUCACGGAACCGUUUUUUUUGUGACAAAACAGAAGUCAAGUUUAUUUUGAUUGCUCUACAGGUCUUUUGUCGCUGUUUCAGAAGUUUAUCUUAAAAACUAUUUUGAUAAAGCAUUGAGUGGAGCUCUGGCUGAUCAGGUAAGAUAUCUUUUCUAUGGUUGUUAUCAACUGAAAAUUAAAGUUCUUGGAAGAAUCUUACUUAUACGUACGAUCACAAUAAAUCAAUCAGCAAUCAGAGGUCAUCGAAACUAAUGUGUUUUUGUUCGACUAACCAACAUUUGAUUCUUCUAAUGUAGUAAAAUGGAAACUUGGGUUUAGUAAUGUUAGUUUAUUUAUUUAUUUAUUUAUUUAUGUAUCUAUUUAUCGAUUACACUGUUUGAGCCGUGAUAAGGUUGUUUUUGCAUCAUGAAAUAGGAUUUGACAACUUGGAGAAAAAGAUUGAGAUUGGUAGUUUUUAAUGCACUUUAUAUGAAAGGGACUUUUCAGGGGAUUUUAAUUGACGGAAUCUUUAUUCAGUGUUUGGAAAAACUACAUUUCUACGCGAAGGAGACUUAAAAUGAUUGUGUGAUUGGUAACCAUUAAAGAAGGGGUAGUAAAGCAGAAAGGAGCAAUGAUGAUUCUGUAAAUUAAAUUUUUCAACGUAGCCCCCCAAAAAGCUGAUCCUUAAAGACCUUUAAGACAUUUCACUUACUUUAUUCUUGUAGUCUGUUUUGAAUGAACUCCUGAGUGACUUGUUACCAGCUUUACACGCGCACCUCAAGUACUAUGGAGUAGACAUCUCCACUGUCACAUUCAAUUGGUUUAUUACAAUCUUCAUUGAUGCUGUUCCAUUUGAGGUAAGGAAAGAAAAACAAAAUAUUAUUUUGUGAUAAAUCGGUUUUGUAUUUACUUAGGUUUUCGCAUGGUAAACUCCCUUACGGGUUCGAUCUUCAAUCCUCCCACUCGUUAGAUCAAAGAUCACUUUAACCCAACUGACGAUGAUACAAUUGCUUGAGGACAAUUCUUGAGAAUUUAGUUUGGUAAUUGGAAUAAUAUCCUUCUGUUGAUAAUUUCCCUGAUUCUCAUUGCAUGUACGUUUGAUUACCUCUUGAUAUGGGUAGGUGAGCUUACACCCUGACCACCCCCAGGAGUGUAAGAAAGGGUUCUGGAGUUUAGACAGUCUCUCUUUUAAGAUAAUUAUCUUAACACAUCAAAACAGUCAUUACUAUUGCAUUGUGAAUUAAGCCAGAAAAAACGCUCCAACCCCUUCCAACUCUUUGUGAAAUAAGUAGGGAAGCUGCUCAUCAUGCUGAAGAAAGUGGGAUAUUGCAUCAAGGAGCUUUGUACCAUUUUAUCAUCAGAGUCAACAAACCCCUAACGAUCUCGUGACGGAAAUAGUAACAUUGCCAGUUAGACCAAUUUUUCAAUGGAGUGUCGAAGGUAGUUCGGUGUUUUUGUUGGCUUAGAAAUUCGCCCUAUCCUGUCAACCAAUCAGAUGCACAAAUUAAAGCUAAUCAGGACUUGUUCACUUGUGUUUUUCCGCUCUCAGUGAGGCGGGUUAAAUAUGUUUAGAUUGAGUCUCAUCGACAUCUUGUGAUAUUUCCUUUGUUUAUCCUGGUUUGCGUUUCACCACAUUCAAGCAAAAAGCGACUUGUUACUCUUCAUCUUUCAUUUCCUUUUCUUUUAAUCGAGCUCAUUUUUAAAAGUUAUCAUUUAGAUCACAGAUGUUAUAAAAGAAUAUAGAUUGAGCGGAGCUAAGGUUCUUCAACGGAUGCACUCUAUUUUGUUCUUCAUAUUUUCUUUAUCCGCAGUUUAUUGUUGUUUUCUUCUUCUGAGUUAUCAACGUUUUUCCUCUCAAUUUUGCAGACCGCUAUGAGAAUUUGGGAUUGUUUUGUCUUUGAAGGAAGAGAGGUUGGUUUAUUUAAAAGAGGAAAUUUACUUCACACGUUUUGCAUAACACAAUCGACCUGCCAAUAAUUGAACAAGUUUAGUUGCCAACAGUAACAAGGAAUUGUUUUUCGUGGGGUUCUUUCUCUCGGUUCUGGUUCCCGUCGAAAAUAUAUCUUUGUUGUAAAUGAUUUAAACCACUUUGAUGUGGAAUUCAGCCGUAGAAGUAAUCUAUGAUAAGUGUGACUAAGGCUUGCUUUCCUACUUCGAAAAAUUUUUCAGGCCCUAUUUCGGAUCGCCGUUGGCUUAAUGAAAGUCCAGCAGCCGGCACUGCUGCAGUUGUCAUGUCCGCUGGAGAUCAUGCAGUACAUGAAGAGAGCUGCAAGGGUCACUUACGACAAAGAUCAGCUUUUCAAGGUACAAUUAUACCGCGCAUGCUUAGGUCAGCAAAGAGGCCUUGAUCCGAACUUAACCGAACAGGAAACCGCUAGAAUCGUAUUUUAGCUGUCUCAUCUCUCUUUAAGUCGUUUUUGCUGGAAUUAAAAUAUUAUGUGCAUAUAUUAUGAAUAGGAACGGAUCUCUUCUGUUUUUCAAGUUCGUCAUUUUUUCUUUAUCUUUAAUAUGGUCCAUCCUCAGCCAUUCCUUGUCUUCCUUGGUUUCUUGUAGCUCCUUUUGCGUUUUACUGCUAAUCUGAUAUUUUUCAGUCCUCCGCAAGUUGCAGGUAGUUUUACACAGACGGAGCAAAUGAUCACUUGGUUGUAUUGAAUGUCCGUUAAGUGUCUAAUGACACAAGUUUCGAGACUUUUUCGGAAGUUUUUUAAGUGUGGCAGAGUGUUUAUUGAUGCAAAAUUAUUCAAAACCUUUUUUUUCCAUUCAGUCGUCGUAUGAAGACGUAAAGGUCUUCCCAACUAUAGAAACUCUGGACGAGAAGCAAGCAAAGUAUUUAGGUGGUGCUGAUACUAGACUCGACGAGAGGUCGAUUACAAGGGAUGAACGAACGGUAUGUUACUCCAGUUAUUUGGUUUGAUUCUCCGUUUGUUUUUUCAAGUGCAGUCAUUUUAAUGUAAAAACUCUAGCAGGCCAUCAUCAACAUCAUUGUUAUUAUUAUCGUUAUUAUCAUUGUCUUUCUACGCCUCCUUAUCAUCAUUAUCAUUCUCACUGUCUUCUUUAUCAUCAAUGAUUACGGCAAUGAACACCUGUAUCGGAUAAGUGCACCAACGGAUUUUUGUCACCAUUUACAUAUUCGUGUUGCAUCAGUUUUUGGCCAGCCAAACGCGCGUGAUGUAGUAAAAGUUGACGUACUUUCGUAACAGGUUGCAACUUUGUCGGUUUUUUUCCGCGCAGAAUAAAGGACAUUUUUACGUGGUUAAAAAUGAACGGGAGUGUUUUUUUUAUCCAUUCUGCUUGAUGCUUUCCCUUUGAGUUCUUUUCUUUUGUUUUCACUCCAACAUAUUCUCUUCUUGUUUUUCGGAAGGUAAAAUGAUUGAUUCAACUCUACUUGAAAAAUUCACCGUCAAUGAAUCGAGAUCUCAUUAAGCUAAUAAGUUAAAACUAGAUGCGGUUCUUUUCUACUGAAUUAGAGAGAAAUUUCGACGAGAGUAAUUCAAUUUGAAGGCUUUUUCCUACGAAAACAAUGAAGACUAACAGCAAACCUUACCUUACCCCUAUUUCAGAGCUCGCUCUCACCGAAAAAUCAAUGUUGCUUAAAGCUUAGCGAUUCGAAAUUGCACAACCGUAAUAUUCAGGUUAGCGUAAUUAUGAACGAGUACUUAUAGGGAUUAUGGAUAAUCUCAAGAUGUGGCGUGAAUGAAUUACGUAAAGUUGGUAGACUUAUGUUUGGCACACGACCUCUUUCGUUUAAAACGUGCAAUGCUGACCUUUUUUUUUGUAUCUCAUCUGUAAUACUUGCCUUGACAGAAAAUUUUGUGUUUUGUUUCACUCUCAGUAUAUUGACGCAAAUAACAGAAAUUCCGCGAUUCUCCGUUGUUUUAAGUAUCAGAUUACAAGUCGUUGAAAAUGAUGAUUGUGAUAGCAUCAAGUUCAAUAUGACGAUCGAAGAGUCGGCCACGAAACUUUGUAGAAGUUUCACUCGAAGAACUAACCUUUUGUGAGAUGGUGAGGUUUUAUCCUGCAAUCAGGAAUGCAAAGAGUUUUAACGAGGCUUAGUCAAGUGCAAACAACGAAGGAAUAUUAAAUUGCGUUUUUCAGUUGUUAAUUUGUUUUUUUUGUUGAUUAAGAAUCCAGCUUAUUUUUGCCUUUCUCAAUUUUUUCAUAAGGUGCAAUCUAAGUACUAUGGUCUUUCGUUUAUUGAUAUUUUUUUUACAAUUUUUUUUGUUUUUUGUUUCCUUUUGACGCGAUUCUGAGUGGAAUUUUAACUGUACACAGUUUCUUCCGCAGAGAAAGCUCACAAUUUAUACCGCGAAUGGUGCAUAAAUUUUCAUUGCAUUGAACGCAAAAAAAACAAACAAACAAAACAUUGAUUUCAGAAAAUCAUAGAAACACCUUACUCCAUGCCCCGUUUCCGUCCGAAAGAAGUGGCUUAAAAAGACAUCUUCCUUAAUUCAUACACAUUUUUCAUUAAGUUGACAGCUUAUUUACCGAGUUGAACACACAAACUCAGCUUUUAAUAACACAUAAUGCGAGGUAGCUCUUCUUAUAGGUUUGUUAAACCUUGUUGUAAAUAAUCAGCUGACCUUGAGUUCUGACAUUAAUGAGAAAAUUUGAAGGUCGUCGCAUAAAAUUUUGACAUUGACCUUGGAAACUUUUGGAAACAAUUCCAUUCGGCCUUGAACGAGAACCCUUGAAACCUGAUGGGACCAAAGUUCGUAUGUCAGGCUUGGAAAUAACAGAAUUAUCAUAUACUAUGGUCAUGAAAAUGAAUUGUGAAUCGAAUGAUAAACUGUACAUACAUCACUGAAAAUCGAUGAAAGUUAUUGGAUUAGAAAUGGGACUGAACACGACUCUUUGCCUUCCAAUCUCUUCUUGAGCGACCUGAAGACCUUACUCUCGACGAGUGAGUUUAACCCUUUCACUCCCAAGAUGUCAUUAGUAAUUCUCCUUACUGUCUGUUAUACGAUUCUUACGAUGUUAAUUCAGAGAAUUUGGUAUUAGAUCGACUAAUAAUUCCCUACUGGAUAUUUUUGUUUAUUCUCAUCACUUGUUUGCUUGAUGUUGUAUUGAUAUUGUAAGGAAAAAUUCUCUCUCGGUCACUCAUGGGAGUUUAAGGGUUAAAAAUGCCCUAUACGAUUAAUUUUUCAAUUAGCGACAUUCUCCGCUCUUAGAUUCUGGCGAUAAUUUUGAAGAAUCAUCAGUGCAUGUACAGGCAUUAUAUGUCCCAUGUUUCUGACUCAGAACUGAAAUAAGUCUUGUGAAAUAUAGUCUCCGAGAAACUUCGGAAACGAUUUUUCCGGUGUUAGGUAACUUUGCUUGUGGGGAAUUUUUUGAGAGUUAAAGGGGAAUUUCCAGUCUAGUGAAUUGCUGAAUUUCUAUCUCAUUUGCAUAUCUAGUUCAACUGGUUCAACUAGUUUUCUUCGUUUACAGCGCUCCCGUGUCAGUUCUUUCACUGUGGAAAUCCCCAACCAGGAGAAGCUUGAAAAACCGGAUCAACACGAAAUUCUGGAAUGCGCUUUGGCAACAAGUCGAGGUAGGAUUGCAUGAGUUAAGCAGGACAACAGUAUUGUAUGUUAUGUUAUGAGUUUCUUGUCCGUUUGGUGUAAUCGCUUCUUUUGGUAGUCACGUUGAGUGAUAUAAAAUGCUAAGUCGAGAUGAGUUCAAGUUGACUAAUACUGAUUGAGUUGAUGUUGAGUUUUAUUGAAGCUGCCCUAAGAAGUGGUCUUCCUUUACCCACUGGUUGUUUGUAUUUUUUACACACGAAUAGAGAAUCAUUGGAAAAAAGUGAAAGGGCACCAUACUCGUUUACGAGAGAUGGACUAAAAUCUUUCUGGCGAGCUGCAGCCAUAACAAAAAACAACUGUUUCAUUUUCGAUGUUCGCGCGUUAACAUCUUAGAUUUAGUUCAGUUUUGUGAUUGGAACUACGAAGGUGAAGCCUGACGAGUCCUGACGGUAUUCAACAAAGAUAGGAAUGAAAUGUAAAUAAACAUAGCGCAAACGAAACUGUAUGGAAAAUGGAUCCGAUUUCAGAUGGUGAAGUAAGAGUAAUUUCAAAACAUGUUUGAAGACAAAGAUUUUAAAACGGGCGUAAUGUGUGAUUUUCGGCCUCUCAAUGCUUUUUUGCCACUAUUGUACCUUGAAGAAAUAUUUGAAAGACGCGAUGAAAUAAUUUUUUACUCACCAGCACAUGGAGAUCGACCACACUGGCACGAGUUAGAGCACUGUGAGUUAGUUUUUGAUUACACUAUUCUGCGAAAAAAUGCAUUUGUAUCAGAUAAUAGUCAUGAACGAUUUUAAUAUUUCGAUCUUUUCGUUUUGAUUUAAAAAGCCAAGGGCAGGUUGUUUUAGUUUUGUUCUCUGCAUGUGAAAGGAAAAAGGGGUUCCUAAAUUUUAAGAUCGUGUUCUAAAGUAAUAUGUUACGAUAGUUUGUUUUGACUUUCGGAAUUAUGUUGCUUUCCAAGUCAGGAAAUCAAGCCCGAGAUUUUGAAUUUGAACUUUUGAAUUUGAACUUCUGCAAGAAAUAAAGGGGAUAUCAGAAAUGUAUUCCGGAAGGAAAUAUUUUUUAUGUUAUUGUACACUUUCGCCGAGUACUUUUUUUUUAUGUUGUGAGAGUUCCUCUUGUAUUCUGGAGGAUUUUCCUCACGGUUUGUCCCUCUUGAAAAAAAUAGCAUUCAAUUUUUAAGGCUUUCGUUUGGAAUCCUUUUAGCAUUUUUGCCUCCUUGGUGUUUCUCUACCAUUACAGGGCUUGUUUUCUAACUCAAUACAUUUUGAACGAUCCAAAAAACAGCUUUAGGUAUCGUGACAUCGCUUCCAUAUGUUAUGAAAAAAAAUUAGGGUUGUUUGAAGAAAUGACGUUACUUAGGAAGGAAGUUUUAAAUUCUGGAUUUCUUUAUAAAAGUACUUUCUUUGCGAGCUUAUGUACGAAAUCAAUCAUCAAGUUGUAGUGUUACUAACUAUAGUGCAGGCACCAUUUCCAUAUUUUGUCUUAAGAGAUUUCCUGGUGUCUGAGAGAGGAAAUGGGUCGUAGAAUCUUCAUGUGCAGCAGUUUUGCAUUGGUUCUUCUGCAAGUAAAUAUCUGUGUUUCCGCAGGUUAUGACGUUAAGUUUUAUGUUCCUAUCUUAGAAUCGUCUCCGCGUAACUGCACGGUUUGAUUAGUAUCAGUCAUGUGCGUCGAUAUAUACCGAUUAUGUUAUUCCAUAACUGGCUGUAUUUUUUCCGCGUGGGAUAAAUAUUAAUAUACGUAAUUGAGGGAAAUGAUAUCUUCAAUGAAAGCUAUUUCAUUGAAGGGAAUUUUGACACGAAUUUGAUUAUUUGCUCUAACUCUUCAAGACACACAAACUGCGAACAUCAUAACGAAACCUUUACGUCUGUGUACUUUUAUACGAAUUGAAAAAACAAGUUUGCUAUACAAACUAUAUAGUAAUGUGAGAGGAACAGUUUAACUCUUUCACUACCAAAAUCUGAAAGCUGCCUUUCCUGACUGAUGAUCUUACAUUUCUUCGUCGGCUAGUCUGGAAAAUUUGGAAUUUGACACAAACAGUUUCCCUGUUACGAAAAAUUGUCUAAGUUAAAUCCUAGAACAUUCUAUAGAACAGUCUAGAACUCGAAGUCAUCCAGACGUGACCUUCUCGUAUAAGAACAUUCUGGAACAUUCCAUUUCUUCUGCAGUUACUCAGAUUUAGAAAUCGUGUUAAUCUAGUAAAUUUAGUUCUUUAGAGAAGUUUCUAGAUCCUUGUACUUUAUGUAUAUAAGAGCGAUAGUUUCGCCAAAAAAAACAGAGAGAAUUGUGAAGAAGCUUAGUGCUGUAAAGUCGAGAAGUCAACUACGUGGAAAUUAAUCAGUUUGUUGCUGUUACCAACGAUCCUGAAUUUUGUCUGGGAACAACCCUGCUCUACAUCGACACUCGUAACAAUCCCGUAGUUUAUAAAUAUCUUCAUUUUUAUCACCUCUUCGUUUGACACUGUGUUAGAAUUUAAAACGAAAAAUCUAUCUCGUUGUCACUCCUGUGAUUUACCAGAUUAAGGAGGACGCCUAGGGAAGUAAGGAUAUUCCUGUCCCUUACGACUGCGCACCCGCGCUGUGCAUACUAUUCAGUUGGCAAGCGUGUGCUAAUUAAGUCAUACACCAAAGUCGUACACCGCGUAAGAAGCUCAGUAAAUGUACUGGUGGCUGGUGAUAGAAUCUUUAAGUUUAGAGUGGUUUCACGGCAACUGCCUCUUUUUUUUACUGCCUCUUUUUUUUAGUUGCUCAAUCCCUUUCCUGUUUCUUCCAAUGAAACAUAAAUGAACAACCAAACAGACAAGCAAAACGAAAAACGCGCAAAAACUCCGCAGGUGCGAACUUAGCUAUUGUUUAGUCUCAGUGUUGAAGUGCGCUGGACAUGAACUGAGGAUUAAUUGACCUCAGCAAAAAAAAACUGAUAAUUAUACUUAUUUGCGCUGAAAUAGCUGCACGAUCCAAGAUCGAUUUUCUUCCAUCAACUUCCACUGCCGGCAGUCGAAGUUUAAUAGAAAUCUUUCAAAAGAUACUUUUUGCGCAAACUUUUUUUUUAAAACAUUAUUAGUUAAGAAAAUUCUGCCUUGAACCACUAAAGAACUUUGAAGGUUGACUCGUCUCAGCAUGAGAAAUUUUACUAUCGAAUACGUCAGAGCCUAACCUCUUUAUAUCAGAAUCGUACGCGGUUAAAUUGUUAAGUUUUCAUUGAUACAAUUGCUCUCUCUGAGGUUUGGGGUUCUUCUUUGAUUUGUGUAAAUUAGGGUUCUUAUUGUAUGACAUGUACCUUUUAAAUGAACUUCAAACCAUCCAUUUCAUUGAAAAUUUCACCCACAGUCUAACUCAGUUUUAACUGCGUCAAAUUCAACUGACUUGUGUUAUAUUUACCCUUCUACUUUUCUUUUGAUCAGAAAUUGACAAUUGAAAAUUGAUUGUCGUAUACACAAAGUGAAAUUUGAAAUUACUAAUAUCUUUCGUGAUCUUCUACAGUUUUUUAUUGCACUGCAAUAAAUUUCUGUCAAAGGAAACGAAAAUCUCAUCUCCCCUGUCUCAGCAUGCUUCCAAUGUAAAACACUAGCUUUUUAUCUUAAGAAUUUUCUCGAAGAAAAGGCAUCGAAAUAAACAGAAAGUGCAUGAGUCAGAGUCGGAAUGAGUCAGUAGAUAAUGAAAAGGUUUUGAAGCUGUUUACGGUUUUACAUACAGCAAGCAUGUGAGCAGAAUCACAUAACUUUUCUGCAAUGCAAUUUUCAACACACCUUGUUAAAAAAAUGUGAUAAACAAAAGUUAAACAAAAACGUUCAAAGUCAAACGCUCAGGGCUAACCCCUUCCUCUAAGGAUAAAGUAACGAAACCAUUUUAUCAGAUUCGGUGUAACAAUCUGUGUAAAAGACGAAAUUAUGUUGUCUUCAAUAUCAUUCCUCGUGUGAUUUUUGCUCAAUUUUGUUGGGUUUUGUUUUUGGUGUUUAUCGACAGCUCAGUGUGGUAUAUCCUGUUGUAUAAUGAGUGCAAAGCCAUCAUGUCAUUGACCAUCGGCUGCAGUGCAUAUAUAUAGAAAAUACGAAUAAUUAUAAAAGAUUGUUUCCUAACUCACGGAGACGUUGUCCUGUGCGACGCCUACCAUAACCUCGCUGAAUAAAACAAACUGCAUCUAAUCAUUUCAAUUUUUUCUUCUUAUGAUCAUUCUUGAUUCACCUCACUUGUUCUUGUUUGCUCCCUGCAGUGAUACGAGUCUUGUAAAUCAAAAAGUCAACCAUAAACAUUUCCAACAAAAGAAUUAUUGCGUUGCGCUGUGAGGUUAAGCAAGUGGCGUGCAGAGAACAUUUGCGACUAGAACUGAAUAUUUCAUGAUGAUUUUAUCUUGGAUCCACCUUGAAACGUGAUCUGGUUUGCAUUAAUUUUGUAUCGACCCCGACACCUUGGUUACCACAGAUCAGGAAAUUAUUGAAAUUGAAAAGCCCUCUAGGGUUAGGGAAAAUUAUAUAGUUCAAAUUUGAGUCGCUGAAAGAGAUGUUUGAGAAAAAUUCAAGGAAAAUUGAAACUCCAUCUCAAUGUAUAACGUCAUGGCUAAUAUAUUUUGCCCUGUCUGUCAUAUUGUUAGCAUUAGCCAAAUGCGUUGAUAUAAUUUGCAAAAAGGACGGUUGUUAUACUUUAUCUUAACUGGCGAAAAGUUAGGAUAUUUUGAAAACUGACCACUUUCAGUGAAAUAAUAACACUUCGAGUGGAACACUUUGUCGGCUCAGAUUCCAAUAAUUGUUACUGUUUAUAAUAAACUCCGUAGGUGAGAACUUAGCGAUUCUCCAAUCUACAAUAACAGCUCAGAUUCGAAUGACGCUCCGUGUGAUUUUUAUUUGAGUAACAUUUGCUGUACCUACUGGUGAGACAGUUCAUCCAACAAAUGUUAAUUUGCUCUUCUACAGUGAGUGAUUCGGCGAAUUCAAAUUUUUUUACGAGUAGUUCGCGAAAUGUGUUUCGUCUCAGCAUGUUUCUUGUGUUCGAAUUUAGCGUAUUUUGUGAAUUAAAAAAAUGCAUAAAAGAUAGUAGAGGACUGUCCCGCCGAGGUUGUUGUUUAUUUACAAUGUUGAAAGUUAAUUUUAGGGAGAUAAAACGCAAAAAACUUCUAAUUGUAAAACGGAGAUAACAAUGCUUCGUUAUUACAAUUAAAAAUGGAAAUUUAACCUGCCGCCUAAAAUGAUUAAACUCAGUAUUUUUUCAACUUUCCGUUUUUAGUUUUAGUUUUUUCAUCUGUGUGUAGUUAAUUUUUUUGUGGAUAUUGUCGUUGCAGGAUUUUCUCCCGUAAUGGAAGACAAAACGUUUGUUUUUCCUCACUUCUGCCAAAUUGUCAAUAGAUAUCCUUUGUAUAAUGCGUGUGUCGGUAAAGAUUGCAAAUUUUUAGACGCAUCAACUAAUCUUUAUCCAAUAGUCUCUUCUUAACAAGGUACUCUUUCUACCACAGAGAGAUUUUUUCAGUAGAUUGUGUUUCAAUUUUCGCAUAACUGUCCUAGCUACAGCGUGUGUUGAUCCACGUUUCCUUCAACAGAGCUUCCUUGUCAAGGCCACCUGUGAACGUUUCCACGUUCGUUUUACCAUAGCAAAGAAAAAAAUAUCAGUAGUAUGCCUUUUGUUAAGAAAAAUUGACCGUAUUGUAGUCGUUCUUAAAGUAGCUCUUUAUCUUUUUUCUAUAAGUGCCCUUUUGGGUCAAUAGCAGAUUUGGUCCUUAAGAGAGUGGCUUGUCAUUUUCUUCACAAGAGAUUUGUUACAGAAAAAAUUGUCACAUUUUUAACACACGCACCGUUAUAGAAUGCUUGAUUAAGUUAAAAAAAACAACAACAGCAUUAAACAAAAUUUUUGUAAGGUACAAAUUGAUUGUAUAAAUGCUUUCAAAGUUAUCUCACCAACCUGUAGCUUAUGUAUUUCCACCCCUUGAAAUUCUAGCCCGCGAAUACUACAGUUUCGUAGCGGCAAAUAACAGUCAGCGAGGGCGGUUGGCAUGGAAUUAAUGAAUUUUAUGAUUUAAUUGACUAACUCUGUAAGUUGUGCGAGUACAGGCGCUUAUCUUUUUUUGAAGCCGGCCCCUUUGAUUUGAGAUGCGAGGCCGCCAACAAAAUUGUUAAUUUAUGCGGCCCAAGGAGGAACACAGACAGUACUUUGUCACCUUACCCAAUACCUUUUCAUCAAGGUUAGCACGAAUUACAGUCACACUUGUUUCGUAGUCACUAGAUAUGAAUACAUGGAUCAAACCGUGUAAAAAACAACUCGUUACACUAUUCGAUGAGAUAGUCAAAUUAGAACAUACCCUCUCGAUUGCAAGAUGAGGGCCUUCAGCAAACCAUGACAGUAACGAAUAGGUGGCAAGACAAAAGAUCCAAGGGACAAAGCAAUGGCUUAACACGUGCGUUUUAAACUUUGCACAUUUCUUAAGCAAGCCACAACGGUAACGAGGAAAUGGCAAGACAAAAGAUCUAAGGGGCAGAGAAAUAGCUCAGCACGUGCGUUUUAAACUUUACACAUUUCUUAGCCGUCCUCUGCUAAAAAAAAAAACCAAACCAUAAUACCAAGAUGUUUGUGGUCUGAUAACGGUAACCCCGACUGAAAGUUAUUUAAGUUUCCAUUUGGAAGUCAACACUACAAAACUACGUCAUGCCGAAGCGGAGGUGUGGCGCCGUAACAAAUCUAGCUUUUCGCAAAAUUCUAACAAAAAAUAUACAUUAAGUUUGCAAUCGAUAUCUUCAUCGGCGUUGCCGUCCUGACUCCCUAAUGUCCCUGUUUGAUAAAGAAAGCGAAUAUUCGAGCAUGCAUUUGCUAUAUUUUUUAAGGGAGCUUACAUGACGCACCUUCUUUGUUAAACCAGCUUUGUGGGGUUUCUUGGGUUGAAGUUCUUCUCAAUGACUGCUGUGUCAGCCGGGUUUGAAUCUUUUUCAGUCGCCUGUUUAUGUAACCAGGGGGUUUGGUGUCGCCCAGUGGUAUGUGUUUUAUUAUGAAGUAUUGAGUGUCUUUAAAAAGAAACGUAAUUUGCAUGUCAAGUAUGGAAGCAUCUGCAGGUAAUUUUCUAUUAAAAAUAUUCAUGUAUUGAAACUUUGAAUCUCUCCUUUAUGUUAUUGCUACAUGUGGCCUUAGUUAAGCUUGCUUUACAAUUCACCCCCAACAAGGCUUAGAAAUUGUUUCUUUGAAUUAUUAACUGACUGAUAUGAAACUAAUCAGAACACAAUGUGAAGACACGUUUCAACAUAAUCUUGUAAAUUUACACUUCACUUCGGACAGCAACGAGCAAACAAGCGCUAAUCGAAGACCAAUAUAAUCAAAUUAGGGGAAGCUAUGACAACACAAAUAAAGCCGGAGUUAUCAGUUAAAAUUGUCUGCCUUUUUUAGCACAAAUUAUUUUACCUUGCUUUUAAAUCUUGAUGUUUAGUGUAUGGCAAUGGUCUCCAAGGGUUUUGUGUUGUUUUCUUCAAUUUCAAUUUUUUUGUGCCUAAGAUUAACAAGUACUCUUACACUAGUGGUCUUCAGUGUUUCAUACUGGUUUACCUAUUUAGUUUUGACUAAGUAUUUAGUGUGUAUCCAUAACUAACCAGGUUGUGGAUAAAGUGGGCUGAAGACUGACAUGCCAAAUUUACAUCGUGGCUAAUAAAACAUCCACACCGUGAACCAACUAUAACAACAGUCGUUAGCGUUUGCCUGCGCUUAGAGCCAAUGACGUCAAUGGCCUUUUUGUACUCUGAUUGGUUCAUAUUAGUAUUUUCAUUUUGCCCUGGUUUUCUGCUGCUGUCGUCAGUUUACAAGUUCUAGUUUUACCACACUAAGCCGUAAACUGAAUAUCUAUGUAUCUUAGAAUGAAAUGAUUCUGCUCUGUUUUCGAGAUUUAGUUUGGAAAAUCCGCUCUAGACUAAAACAAAUAAUCAAUCUUUUCAAUUUGUAACUUCUGUUCUAUGCUUUUCAAUGCAAGAUUUGUCAAGCCCCGUGUGUCUAUUCUGUAGCAGUAGGCUGACAGCAAAAUUUUAUCUCCUGGACAUCAACAAGAAGGAAAUGAAGGCGCUUGACGUAGAUGUAAGUGCGUUUGUGAUGUGCUGUAGCUUACCAUUACCAAUUGCAUGGAAAUGCUGCCGUUCAUUGUCAUCAUUUGUUCACAACAUUAACAAAAAAUGUGGAAAUUUUCUUCUUCUACUCCAAGCAAAAAAAAAAUGAGAAUAUUUAUGGAUUGCAUUUUUAAUUGGUCUCCAGAGUGGUUUCAAUUUUUACCAAUAUUCCGCACGAGGCACUUGGUACGUAGGCACCUCUGCCACCAAUGCAACAACUGCUAGAUGUUCUAACCAUUCAAAUUUCCUCAAUUUUAUUGGCAGACGAAAUCACGUGUUCUAUGUUGUGAUAUGUUGGACGAUGGCACUAUCUUAGUGGGGACGGUGUCGUGGUACAUACAUGCGUUCGUUUUGGAGCUCAGGUGUGAAUAUAUUUUGAUAAUUUUGGUUGAGAAACUAUUGCUUUCAUUUCACUUUUGCUUUAUGAAUUAAACACACAAUCUGAUUUAUUACUAUCCACAGUAAUCGAUAGGUACACCUCCCUAACUGUGUGUGCAAUUGCCGUCCAUUACAGCUGAAAAUUUACAACAGAACCGUCAAAAGUCAUUGAUUCAUUUUAUUUUGUAGAUUGAUAAUUCUGGUUAUAUGCAGUUAGUUGUUACCUUUUUCUCUCUGUGAAGUGACGUACUUCUGUGUCUCUUUUAGUUCGGAAGUAUGGUGCAUCCAGCUUAAUGAUUCAGUCAUCGAUAUUGCUCAUUUACCAGAAGGAAAAGUUUUUGCAGCCUUGGCCGAUGGAUCGAUUGCCGUGUUACAGGUAUGAAAAAUAUCAUUUUUGAUCAGCUGAUUUUAAUAGGGACAAACAAACGGCCUCACGAUUGUUAAAAGAACUCUGGCCGGGUUUUACGAACCAGCGGUCCCAUGUCCUACCCGGUGAUAACUCUUACAAAGAGUGUAAUGGGUCGAGCAAACGAAGAGACGAAGAAACGAACGAGCAACGAACGACACAGCGACCGGUUAAGCGAAUCAGCGAUCAAACUGAACGAACGAGCGAAUGAUUGAGCGAACGGUGCAAUAACCUACCGGAAACUAACUUUACUAAGUAUACGAUCGAUCGAGUAAGUGAGGGAAAAGACAGACGAGUAAAAGUCGAGCAGUACAACGACUUACCAUUCGUACUCCGACGAAGUAAACAAGCGAGCAAAUGAAUUGACCGUCGCCGGGUCCAACAAGCUACCAAUCUGUCUCCGACAGAGUGAGCGAACGAAUCAGCGUAAAAGAUCUUACUUUGCCUAAAGAAUAAAAGGGGUAAGUUUCUAGAGAAACUGGGUUGCUGCGUCGGUGAGGGGUAUUCCAAGAUAAGCUGGUUUUAUCAUCUGAGUUGAUGAUGAAAAAAAAAAGAUUUCAAAAGCUGACUAUUCGAGCGAUAACCUUUCUUUACAGCGAAAGAUUCGACCGAUUCGGUUCUGUUUAUAAAACCAAAUGAUCUUACUCUGACGUCUUUGACCAAGGUUACUCUGAGCGAUACUGAAAUUAGUCUAACUGCUUGUGAUUAAUAUUUUUCCUAGAAUGCUAGUGGGCAGGAGGUUCCAUCAGAAGGCUCUCACAUCCGCGUCGGUGGAUCACCUGUCACGUGCAUUACUCUCGUGAAUGAAAACGUGUGGUGCGGCUGCGGAAACAAUGUGGUGAUUCUCGAUGGAAGGUCAGUGAAUAACUCUCGUGCUUAAGUUCAGAGUUCAUUCCGCGUUCUAGCUGAUGUUGCCUUAAUUGUGAUGUUAGAUUUUAUUUUUUUUUUCUUCUUUUUUUAAUUUUCAGUCGCGUCUCUUUUUCAACAAACCAAGAAUAGGACGAAGUUGAAUUGAUUAAGAUUUAAGAGCUGUGUUUUUUUGCCUCACAAAUUUCAGAAUGCUGUCUCGUGACUUCAUAACAACAACAAAAUAAGAACAAAGAAGAUUAGAAACCAUUAUCUACGGCGUUAAUCGCUUGCAUGAUUCCAGCCUGUAAACAACAUGGUAUCUUUAUUUCCCUCUUUGCCAUGUCUAUUCCCUAAAUUAUAUUAUUCCUAUGGCCUUAUCUGAAUAUUUCUCUUUUGUACGGCGAACAGACAAAAACUGAUUUGUUGUAAACAAUCAUUGUAGCCAUGUUUUACUGUCAAAUUGGGGCAUUAAAAAGCCCUUAUUUUCCAGCGGUUUUGAGAGCAGUAGCUCAUGUGAAAUUCUUUCAUUCUUUAUCUAAUUAUCUACGUUAAAUAAGUGAUGUAUGUUUCUGUUUGUUAGUAUUAGAACACUUUGUCGUAACAGAAAAUGGGGCAUAAUAAUAUCGAUGAAAUUGCCCGUACAUACUCUUUCUAGAAAGAAAAAGACUUAAAAGAUUGCUCCACGAAAAGAACAUAUCGUUUUUUUUUUUUUUUGGAAUUAAGGGCUGACCCAAUCUUGUUAAUUCAAUUUGGACACCUACCUUAAUAAGCGUACCUGCCCUAGAAGCGCUGCAGUGUAGACCCCUCAACUCCUGCGUUAGUAUCGGUGAUGCGGGGAAUCUUUCUGAAUAGUUUGUUUGUAGGUACAUGUGUUUUUAUUGUGACACCCACUGCUUUUACUGAAUUAUUAAACAACUGUUUUGCAAAAUAGAUAACCGCUUUGAUCGAUUGCAUUGUCUUGGUGCCGCUUAACCAAGGCAUUUGCUAAUUGUUUUGGUCGAUAAACAGAAGAUAGUGAUGUGCGUGGUGUUUACGCGUACCUAACAAAAUCUUUCAAUAUUUUUGGUUGUCGUUGCCCUUAUUUUCUUUUGCGUGGUAUUUCUGAUUUCAUUGUACCUAUGAAUCAAUAUGUUAUCCCCAAUAACCAUACAGUAUGUUUACAUUAAGAUAAUAGGUUUUUAUUCAGCCUUUACCGGAUAUUUCUUUCAAGUAUUUACGCAGAGUCAAUAGGUAAUCAAAUCACAAAUAUCGCAAUUUUUUUUGUAGUUUUUUUAAAAUCAAUCGUAUUAACUAACGUGAACUAAUCGAAUUAACACUUAUUUAGAAAGAAAAGCCUUAGACCGUAUCAGCAGGUGUUGAGUUAUUCGUAGGCUAAAUAGAUUUCUCCCAACAACUUUUGUUCUGGAUCAUUUAUCUGAACACUUCAUGGAACAUAAACAGACCCCCCGUUCGCAACCACGAACAAUCUGUUGACAGUAUACAGUAUCGUACAAGACACUUACGCAACAUCUUUUUAAACGCGUCCAAAAUUUCCCUUUGACGCGACUGCGAAACAUUUGCCAUGGGGAAGACAACUUUUUUUCAGAAGGUUCAGAAUCAUAAUAUUUGAUGGAUAUUUCUGCCUUCUGGUUGCUCUUCAAUUCGUUUUAAAAUAAGGAUAACGCCCUCAGGUGACGAGUUUGUCUUUUCUCCUAUCCUGUUUACUGGAUAUGGCCUUGAAAUUGCACGGGAAAGUUACAUUUGCAUCACAUGUGGGAAGUAGUGGUUUAACUCCUUCGUUGUUCAAGAAAGAGCAAUUUUCGUUUUCUUUUGAAUUUUGGAGGCUCAAAUGAAACACAGACAUCAGUGAUGAAUUAUUUUUCAUGGGAGUGCAAGUUACCGCCUUACCUUUACGCUAAACUUGUUUUUUUACAGUUCGUGCUGUUUUUGUUUCUCUUCACCAGUUCCCUUGGUGAGCUCGGUUCACUGGUUGUAUCAAACUCGCGUCGCCAUCAGGUUUCCAAGUUAACGCACGGUAAACAUGGCGUCUGGUGCAGCGUGAGAGGGUAAGACGCACUGUCUUUUAAAUUGAAAACAAAUUACCAUUUUCAUCUGUCUUUCAUCCUCUUUACCACGCCCAAGUUGCAAAGAAGAGACACUUGUUCUCUUUGACUUUGUACAAAUCAUAUUUACCAUUUGAUUGCAGGUCUUCCUGCAUUCUCUUGUUGGAUCACGCCACUUUUGACGUGCUUCUCAAGGUCGAUGACGUCACAAGCCUCGACACCAGCUCUGACUCAAGGGUAGGAAAGCUAUUCUGUAACUUUCCAGUGGUAAAAUUAUUCGACGAGACAUUUAUCUUCAUGUCGGUCUUCCUCUCUUUUCAGGUAGUAGCAUUCUGCGAAUCUCGGGUCACAACAAUGAUGGCUCUAGGUGAAGAAUUAUGGGUAGGGCUUGGUAACGGACAAGUUUUAAUAUUUGACGUCACUAGAAAUGACGAAUUCGAAGACGAAGGUUAUGUGGUCCUUGACGAACACAAAGGUGAGUAACAGUUUCUGUUUGUUUGUUUUUCCCAUGAAAACAGGCCUUCCUUUGCUCCAGUAAGCGCCACGUAAAGGAAAUAUGUUCAGCUAUGUUGGCAAUGGACUAGCAUUCCAUCCGGGAAGGGGUAGGAAUUCUUCUAGCUGCUUUUCGCUUCGGAACGCGCAUGAGCAAUACGUGUCAGUCUUUUAUACAAAUACGUUAUCGGUGACAAUGUUUUCUUAGUCUUCAAUUUUCAAUCACACAGCAUUUUGCACCACAGGUGCAGCGAGUACUCGCAUCUGUCAAAGACAUAUGUGACGAGUUAAUCGAGUUGCGUUGUUUCAUUGUAGGAUACAAAGAAAAGCGCAAGGAGAGUUCGACCAAAUUUUUGCCAACGAUAUCGGAAACAGAGAAAAAAAUAAAAGAACCGGAACUGACGCCAAGCAUCGAGGAUUCCACGACGCAAUCAGAAGUAAAUUCCUCUCCACAGAGAGUGAAUACUUGUACCGACGAAGAAAUUUCAUCGAUUGACGAAUUUAGUGAGAGUGAAUUGAGAGAGUCUCUUGAAAUUUCCAAGAAAAUUGUAGACAGUCAGAACGUGGUUAACGCCCAAGAGCACGAAAGUCGGGCACAAAACCCGUCCGGCGAACAAAUUAAACAGGACACCGAUAUGUACUACAGUGAUUACAGAUUUAGACUGAGGCUCAGAGUUCAUUUCCGCAUCAAUGAAGAAGCCAUUCGUUGUCUACUGCUAGUAAGGUAAGAGAAAUGGGCAUGAAACUUUCUAUCCGUUUGUGUUACUGUUUGUUCAUUAUUGAGUUCGUUUCUUUGCUUAUUCUUUUUUUUAAUUGGCCCGGGUUUAUUCUUCGCUUGUUCCUUAACCCUUUAACUCCAAUGAGUGACCAAGAAAUAAUUUCUCCUUACAGUGUCAACACAAUAUCAAACAGACAAGUGAUGAGAAUAAACAAAAAUAUUAAUUAGGGGAUUAUUUAGUUGAUCCAAUACCAAACUCUCCAAACUAACAUAGUGAGAAUCGUAUGGCACACCGUAAGGAGAAUUACUACUGAGAUCUUGGAAGUUAAAAGGUUAAUCCAUGUAUUCGUUCAAUCACUCGUCCAUUUAAAGUCUCUCUACAACUGCUACUCGUUCGAGUAAUCUCGGUUACUGUUAUUGAACAAUUAUUUACCAAUGUUGCCCUUGACGUUCAAAAGCUAUUUCCAAUGCCCUUCUCAGCCCUUACUAUGUCAAAGUCACUCAAAGUUGAUCUGCUUCGGCCCGGAAUCUUUGCCCUCGCUUUGCCUAAAAAGUGUCUGUGUACGGCCUCGUUUUUGCUUUUGUAGCAUGGCCUUUGUUACUUAGUCUUCUUCCCUAAUGCCACUUGAAUGAAAGAAGCUACCGCUCAUAAAAAGGUUACUAGCAUUUUAUAUAUCCUUACAAUAUCACCCCCGAAUCAAACAUUAAACGAGAAUAAGGGAAAUGAUCGCCAACUUAAGAAGCGCGUGAUUGUCAAACAAAUUCUCCUUGCCAGCACCGUAGGAAAUGUAUCGAGAGUAAUGAGGAGAAUAUGCACACUGAAGUUAAGAUGUAAAGGGUUUACUCGAGACGUUUUGAUGUCCUCCGCUCCCCCGCACCACAGAAAACACAAGCUAGAUUUUCCCCGGCAUACACAGGUCACAAGAAGAGAGCCACGCCUCGUGUUAACCCGGUGCACUUUUUAGUGAACGAGGGAAAAUAGGACACUGUCUAUGGUUUCUGAUUGUGAAACAGUAAGGCAAAUUUUCAGAAUCAUUUAAUGGCAUUUUUGUUUGUCACAGAGAACAAGAUCCACUGGUCCUCAGCUGUGCGAGUAAUUUCAACGAAGAAGGAGCUUUGUCACUAUGGCAACAACAAAGAGGAGAGGUGGGUAGCUUCACAAGAAUGUGAACCGUAGUUCACAUGUGUUGUUUAUGACAGUGCUUUUGUUAAACCUGGUUUCUGGCGGUCUACAGCUGUCUUUAACCCUUUCACUCCCAAUAUCUUAUCAGUAAUUUUCCUGACUAUCUGCCGUGCAAUUCUUAUGAUGUUAGUUUGCAGAAUUUGGCAUUGGAUCGACUAAAAAUCCCCUAAUCGCUAUUUUUCUUUAUUCUCAUCACUUGUCUGCUUAAUAGUGCACUGACACUGUAGGGAGAAAUUCUCUUUUGGUCACUCAUGGGAGUUAAAGGGUUAAGACCUCUUACUGACGCGUAUUUAGCUUACGAACAAGCUCUCUUGUUUGAGUUUCGCCUUACGCCCACUUUUCUGGGCACAUCUGCCUGUUACACCAUCGGCAGUAGAAGAAGUCAUUUAGACCCCUGUUCUGGAAGUAGCCAGUCGAGGCCUCUGUUAUGCCUCUGCUUGGACAAAAUUGACAGUAAACCUGUUUUACGUCACUCAUUUAACGGCGCGUAACUCUCCGCUUUUCGAAAUUUUAUAAGAUAGGAAACUUUCUUUCUUUUCAUUAUUCGACAGGAAACGAAUGAAUGGCUCCCAUUUUCAAUAAAACAUCGCUUCACCGAGACCGCUGAUCUAUUUUUGAGGGGCGAGAAUACACCGAGUGAUUGACAACCCAACUCCUUGAUCUCACGCUUUGUUGGUUCAUUCUCCGAAGGCAAGACUGCUCAAUGAUACUGAACAAUUUCCACAUAUUUUCGGGCCGUAAUACAUGGCUUGCACGACCUUCUUUUUCCAUGAAUUUGUCGCUGGCUCAGAAAUGUGUGAAUGAAAGAAGCCGUCAUUAUCCUUAGACACUUAAUAAGUCGUUCAUGCUCACUAAAAUGUUUUUUGCUCUAGUACCAUGUAGGUGGGUGAAAGAUAGACUGUAAUACUCUUUUUCUAACAUGCACGUUUAUGUGUGUCACAGACGGGCGUAUUUCAUUGAUUUGGUCGCUGGAUCGCAAUGCUGCCGUUGGGCAAACGUGAGAGGUUACGUUAUAACGUGUUGGCGUGUGCGUGAUAUGUCCAACUCGGUUAGUGGGCUUAGGAUCUUUUUUUUUUUUGGUUACUUCAGCCAACCGACAGUAGGUUUUGCCAUGAAAGGAAUAUCAAUACAAUAUAUUAAUGAGAGUGCAUAGCUAGGAGUAUUUAAAUAUAUAAUUACAGAGAGAUGGUUAUCAAAAUUAUGUCCUUGAAUCAAUAAUAUAUUCCUGUUUACGGUAAAAAAAUUAAGCAAAAAGAACAAAAACUGAUGAAAUUGAAAUAUUUUUUGUUAUUUUUGUAUGAAUCAAAAUGUUUUUU